UAAAGCGAUCGUCGGCGCCCGGGCACGGAUCACGUACGUGUUCAACGAUAUGAUCAAGUUUUUCGGCAAGAACAUGGAGGACGAGGUCCGGGGGGUCUGCUCGUUACAGAACGCCGGACAGGUGAAGCGCGACCUGUUUUUCCGCUGGCUCGACUUCACGGCGUCGCAAGACUUGGACAGCUGGAACGCAACGCAAAGACACAAGUACUUCCUCAACUACCUGCGCGACGCUUCGUAUUUACGAAAGUGGAAGGAUUACAGAGCCGCGCUGGCCGCGUUGGAACAACAAAUAUUGCGGGCACGGGGUGUAGUUGCUGGAGGAGAUAAUGCGACAGUGUCAACAUUAGCAUCUGGUUCUGUGGACAAGAACUUGAUCAUGGAUGCUCACACUGCUGCUGCCGCUUCUGUAGCUCUACCUUCCGCCGGAAAAAUGAGCGAAAGUCAACAGAGUCAUCCCUAUGAUGCCGAACAGGAGCUGCUGCAAACUUCUGUCGCUCUCUGGGACAGAAAGUCCUGGUUUUCGCCCCAGCGAGUGAAAUUAGAAACUCCCGCCCGGAAAAAGCAGCGGCAACAUCUCAAGUCAAUCCCGACCGCGGUGUGGGCGGAGUCAAAAGAAUCUGGUCUGACCAUCAAGCAGUAUCCGCCAGCGCGCGUCACCCGAGACUCGGUGCGUUUCUGUCCGAGCUUCGUUGACAAGGACAUCGACGACAAGUCCGGGAAGAUCAAGGAGAUUGAAGAAAUCCGGCGAAAACACCACCACCGCUCGUUGAAACGAUUACGUGAAAUCGGGGUGCCGGAUCACUUAAAGAACGGGCGAUUUCUCAAUUUCGGCUGCGGGCGGUGUGACGACGAAGACCCGCUGUGGGAGUUCUUCGACAAGGGCAAGGAUGCGGACGUGACGUCUUUGUCAAAGGGGAAGGCUUUUCCGAAAAUGAAGGGGUAUGGGUACGAGCUAGAUCCGGUGGACGCUGCUGCUUGCGUGGAAAACGCCGGGGACUUUGUUGACGUGGUGGUUGCGGGGGUGACUCCGGAGAGUAUCGACCAGCAAAUGGACGAAACGGGGUAUUUCGCAGCGACUGGUGGGGAAGAACCAUCGGCGACAUCAGCGUCAGUAGCAUCCUCAUCAUCCUCUUCAACUGGAAGUGCACCGGAUGAACAAGAAGUAAAUGCAAAAAAAGUGCAAAACCAGGUAGACAAGACCAUCAAGAAUCCGCAAGAACCCAACAUCAUCGAGAUCGUGAAGAUCGACAUUGAUUCCUGGGACUACGAAAUCGCGGAGAAAGUCGAGAGGAAAGCGCGAAAAACGAACACCAAGGUGAUGAUUUACGUGCUCGAAAUACAGGGCGUCUUUCCCCCGCCCAUCCGCUUCUGGUCGAAAUACGCGCCGCGGGCGGAAAAGACCAUCGAGUCUCACGCAGCGAGUGAGGCGGAGAAGCUGAAGAAAACACUGGUCAAAACCGAGGACAUGUUGGAAAAAGCGAUGGAACAUCUGGAAAAUAACGAAGACGCAACCUCCAUCACCCUCGAGCAGAUUCGCAUCGCCGCAGCCUUGAACGCGACCAAAGACGCGUCGACGACCGAAAAGGACGCGGCCAGCCUCUCCGCCACCAACCUCCGGCGGUUCCGGGAGCUGGCGCUACGAAAAAACCACCCACACUUCAUCGGCGCGAGUCUGCAGGCGUUUGUGGAUUUGCUGCGGCCAACGCACAGUUUGAUCAUGAUGAACGGCAUGGACGCUGUGUUUGUGGAAAACAGCCUCGUCCGGGACCGGAUACAGCAGGCGUACCAAAUCUACCUCCCCGUCGACGAGGAGCUCUGCUUUUCGCUGCACCAGCCCUGGCACUCCUGGCGGGAGGAGUACAUCGGCGACUGGAUCUACGGGGGGCAGAGUUGGCGGGAAAAAAUCGAGUUUGUGAAGAAAAACAUGACCAUGUGCGACCCACACUGGGACAACCCGACGAAGGAAGCAUGGCCGUACGGAGUCAAGGCACCGAAAUUUCAUGUCGGGAUAUAGUGAGCAAGAUCAUGUUGACGAGUCGGUAACGGUAUCAUGGUGAACGAUCCUGCAACUUCAUAUUCAUUGGGUAGUGACUGUGACGAUUUUCGCCUUUUUCGGAGAUUAAUUUGCACAUGUGCACAGAUGAGAAAGAAUGAUCAACGCGCAUAUAAUGAGCCAGGAGGUGUUAAUUAUCUGACGUUCCUGUAUUGCCUUUUUUCUGCCUCUGUCACUCAGGAGCUUUUGCUGUGCAGAUUUCUUGUUACUUUGUGUGAAGAACGGACGAAUCAAUGGUGCAGAAGCUGUUCUAUCGUCGUCAAAUUUCCUUUCGGGAUAAUACAAUAGUACAAACAGGCGCGACAGAUGGGAGAGGAAAGAGUGUACG